CUCCUUUCAGAAUUCAUCAGCUUUUGGACGUUCGUUCUAGUCACUCGCUCAGACACCGUACUUAUCUUAAUACCAACAAAAACUAACAAAUCAACAACAAAAAAAUCACCAACACUUAAUCCUUUUUUUUUCCAAAACCAACCAAAUCGUCAACAUGUUCUCCAAGACCACCGUCGCUAUCACCAGCCUUCUGGCUCUCGCCCAGGCCAUCAAGGUCACCAAGCCCGCCAAGGGCGACGAGUGGGAUGCCUCCUCGAGCAACGAGAUCACCUGGGACACCGUCAACACCGACCCCAAGCAGUUCGAGAUCGUCGUCGUCAACCAGUCCGGCUUCCCCGAGGUCUCCACGACCAUCGCCAAGGUCAACUCCGCCGACGGCAAGUACGAGCUGAAGGACACCGACCUCGCCGCCGGCGACCGCUACCGCAUCAACUUCCUGUCCACCGACCCCCAGAACUCUGGCAUUCUGGCCCAGUCUGAGCAAUUCAGCCUCACCGACGACUCCGACGACACCUCUUCUUCCGCCUCUGCUUCCGCCACCGCCUCGGCCUCGGCCAGCGCCAGCGCCUCUGGCUCUGCCUCCGCCUCUGCCACCGGUUCGUCUUCCUCGGCCUCGGGCUCCGCGGCCACUGCCACCGUCACCCAGACCUCUUCCGGCCUGACCACCGUGACCGGCUCUGCCUCCGCCACGGCCUCGGGCACCGCCGCUUCUAACGCCUCUGGCUCAGGUACCGCUUCCGGCACCGCCACUGGCUCCGCUGCCUCCGGUACUUCCACCUCUGCCCCCAGCAGCGCCUCCGCCCUCAAGUCCACCUUCGCCAUCUUCGGCUCCGUCGCCGUCGCCGCCUACAUGCUCUUCUAAGCGCAUGUUGCGGCAGCCGCACAUCACAAAUAAACACGAUCUUGCUUUCCUAGAGUUGUUUUGACCGAAAUGAUACCAACCGACUACGAGAAUGGCGGGGGACGACGGACGUAGCGACAACUAGCGAAGCGCAUUGGGGGAGGCACCGGAAACAACUGGGAGGAUUAUACCACAUAAAAAAAACGGAUGGGAAUUAUGUCUGGCGUCGCUCGCGCACGAUUCGGAAAGACACGUUUAUUAUAGACUAAUGUUGAAGCGUUGCUACUGGACUCCCUCCAUCUACAGGGCGCCUCGGAAUACGCAUCAUCGUGUGUGAGUGUAUGUGAGUGGCCCGACGGGACGACAACAACAACAGAAACACUGGGCGAAAGAGCUGGAUGUGGGCUGCGGUGUCCACCCUUCGGGUUGAUGCUGGGAUUCCACCCCGAGUUUCUGUGCUUUUCCGGCCACAACCUGGAGUGCCCGGAGAUGAGCGGACCCAUGCCGCCGGUCCCGCGUCCUCUCGAAAGCGCCCAAAAAGUCUGGGAAAUCUCCACUAUCCAAGUGAGCUCGUAAUUAUGGAUACGAGAUGGGCGCACCCAAUUCGAGGCUCUCAUGCGGCACAACCCUGUCGUUUCCCCUGAUCGUCCGCCUUAACGUGCAGUUUUGGCGUCUGUCGGUGGCCCAAUUGGGGUUUGACGACCGGGUUCAUGCUGGCAUGGGUGGCACUUGGUAUUUACCAUCACUGCCUGCGCCUGGAGAUUGGACGGAAUGGUGUUGCCGUCAUCUGCAGGAAGCACACGGGGUUGCAGAUCGUGAUAAUGCGAAGAAGAGAACGCGGGCUGCUUGACACCUACUGGGCUGAAGCGGGUGAUGAUGGAUGGCGCGAUUGAUAUUAGAAUGGUGAUAUUGUUGCUGUGGUGGAGAUGAGUCAGCGGCCUAUCCACGGAUCUACAGCAGGCCGUUUGCAACGUGCCAAUGUGGAAUCUUUGCUUAGGUAGCUUGGAUAUAGUGCGCCGGCCGCUUUAUCCGUCUAAGCCACCGAAGACUUCCCAGCCGGUCUGUAACAGUGCUGGUACUGAACGGCGUUCCUUGUGAGCUGAUUGAACAUAGACAACAGAGUGC